ACCUUACUUCGUCCCUCCAUCGCUCUAUCUACGAGUCCAAACACGUAUCUGGAUUAGCAAAAUGACGCUAGACGUCCUGCACUUUAUCGACGCGAAAGGGGGGAACGCGGAGGAGAUCCGGGAGUCGCAGAAGCGGCGCGGGCUCUCGACAGAGCUCGUGGACGAGGUAAUCCAGAUGUACGCCGAGUGGGUAAAAUUGGACUAUGAAGCGAGCCAGCUGAGCAAAAAGUCGAACGCGGUCCAGAAAGAGAUCGCGGCGAAGAAGAAAGCGAAGGAAAACGCGGACGCGCUGGUGGCGGAGAAGAAGGAGAUCGAUGCGCAGGUGGAUGCGAAGCGGAAGGAGGCGAAGGAGUUCGAGGCGACGAUGCGCCAGAAGGCGUCGACUGUGGGGAAUAUUGUAGCGAAAGAUGUACCCACUAGCCUGACGGAGGACGACAAUGUCACGCUCCGGACAUGGCAUCCUGAAGGACCGAACGCGCAGGUGGAGAAGAAGUCGGAUAUCAUGCCCCAUCAUGAGGUGUUAUUACGACUAGAUGCUAUGGACCUUGAGCGAGGUGCUAAGAUUGCUGGACAUCGAGGAUACUUCUUGACAAAUGACGGUAUCGAUCUGAAUCAGGCGAUGAUCUCCUACGGACUAGAUUUCCUCCGGAAGAAAGGGUACAAGAAAGUACAGCCGCCGUUCUUCAUGAACAAGGAUGUCAUGGCAAAAACAGCGCAGCUGGAUCAGUUCGACGAGGAACUCUACAAGGUGAUUGCUGCAGAAGACGAGAAGUACCUCAUCGCAACCUCCGAGCAGCCCAUCUCCGCCUUCCACUCCGACGAAUGGUUCGAAGACCCCAAAACUCAGCUCCCCGUGCGCUACGCCGGCUACUCGACGUGCUUCCGCAAAGAGGCCGGCUCGGCGGGGCGCGACAUGUGGGGCAUCUUCCGCGUGCAUCAGUUCGAGAAGGUCGAGCAGUUCUGCAUCACCGAGCCGGAGAAGAGCUGGGAGAUGUUCGACUCGAUGAUCGGCGCGAGCGAGGAGUUCUACAAGAGCCUCGGCCUGCCGUACCGCGUCGUUGCGAUUGUGUCUGGUGCGCUGAAUUUGGCGGCGAGCAAAAAGUAUGACCUGGAAGCGUGGUUCCCGUUCCAGGGGGCAUAUAAGGAGUUGGUGUCGUGCUCGAAUUGUACGGACUACCAGAGCAGACGGCUGGAAGUUCGGUGUGGCUUGAAGAGCAAAGACCAGGCGCGCAAAAUCUACGUGCACAUGCUCAACGGGACGCUGUGUGCCACAGAACGCGCCCUAUGCUGUCUCGUCGAGAACUACCAAACGAAAGAUGGUCUCGUCAUCCCCGAGCCUCUACGGCCAUACAUGCAAGGCAGGGAUUUCCUGCCUUUCGUCAAGGACCUACCGAAGGGGUACAAGAGGAAGGAAGCCUAGAUCCUUGUCUUGCACUGCUGUCUCUUGGUAGUAUUUAUGGAGUCAUAUCCGUUUGUGUUAUACUGUGCAAUUCACUUCCGUUGCGCAUGCUGCCUGUUCGUGCGGUAUCCAGAUGCAAUGUACCGUCUGUGGCUGCUGUAUACUCUAUCCU